AUGGCGGCGGCGCUGAGGACCCCGCCUCAGGUCAGUGUGAACUUUGAAGAUGUAGCUGUGACCUUUUUCUGGGAGGGAUGGGGUCUCCUUGAUGAGACUCAAAGAUACCUGUACCGUGAUGUGAUGCUGGAGAACUUGGCACAUAUAACCUCCCUGCGUUGUUGCCAUGAAGUGGAGAAUGAGAAGGCUUCUUUUGAGCAGUGUAUUUCUGUUCAAAGAGUGUCACAGAUCAGGAGUCCCAAGGCAAAUCCAUCCUUCAAAAAGGCCCACCCUUGUGAAAUAUGUGUCCAGAUAUUGAGAGACUUUUUGUACUUGAAUGAAUAUCAAGGAACACAUUCAAAGCAGAAAUUACAUAGGUGUGAGACAUGUGGGAAACAAUUGUAUGUAAGCACAAACCUUCAUCAGCAUCAGAAGCAGUGCAUCAGGGAGAAACCCUGCAGAAGAGAUGUGGACAGAGCCUCAUUUGUGAAGAACUGUAAGUGCCAUGUGUCAGGGAAGCCAUUAGUCUUCAGGGUGGUUGGGAAAGACUUCUUGGCCAGUUCUCAAUUUCUCCAGCAAUGGGCCACUCACACCUGGGAGAGGUCAAACAGCAGAACUGAGUGUGGGGUGGCCUUUCAGAGGGGAAAAACUUAUCAAAACUGGGAAGAAUGCACAAAAGCUUUCAGCCCCAAACACACACUUGUUCGGCACCAGAGACUCCUCACUAGAGAAAGAUGUUUUAUAGAUAGGCCUUAUGAAUGUACAGAAUGUGGGAAAUCAUUUACUCAGUACUCCAACCUCUUUACACACAAGAGAGUUCACAUGAAACAAAAGCCAUAUGAAUGUGAUGAAUAUGCAAAAUCGUUUAGCCAAAGCUCUACCCUCCUUCAACAUCGGAGAAUUCACACUAGGGAAAGGCCUUAUGAGUGCAAUGAAUGUGGUAGAACUUUUACGCAAAACUCUGUGCUCCUUCAGCAUCAGAGACUUCACACUGGAUCAAGGCCUUAUGAAUGCACUGAAUGUGGAAAAUCCUUUGCUGUAAACUCCAGACUCAUUAAACAUAGGAGAGUUAAUACUGGAGAAAUACCUUAUAAAUGCAGUGAAUGUGGAAAAGCAUUUUGCCAAAGCUCUUCACUCCUUCGACAUCAGAGAGUUCACACUGGAGAAAGGCCUUAUGAGCAUGGGGAGUGUGGAAAAUCAUUUAGCAACAAGUCCCAUCUCAUUGAACACCAGAGAGUUCACACUGGAGAAAGGCCAUAUGAGUGUGGGGAAUGUAGGAGAUUCUUUAGCAAGAAAUCCCACCUCAUUAUACAUCAGAGAGUUCACACCAGGGAAAGGCCAUAUAAAUGCAAUGAAGGCAGGAAAUCAUUUAGCCAAAACUCUGCACUCCUUCAACAUCAGAGAAUUCACACUGGAGAAAGGCCUUAGGAGUGCACUGAAUGUGGGAAAUCCUUUGCUGAUAAUUCAGCCUUCAUUAAACAUAGGAGAAUUCACACUGGAGAAAGGCCUUAUGAGUGCAGUGAGUGUGAGAAAGCAUUUGCCCAAAAUUCUUCAGUCCUUUGACAUCAGAGAGUUCACUGGAGGAAACUGUUAUAA